AUGAAAAACUUUCUCCAGCUCAUUUUUGGAAUUCUGCUAAUUUUAAAAGUUUCCCCCUCUCCUAUCGAAAACUCGAAACAGCACGAAAUAAUUGCAAGUCUCAACGAUUUUCGCUCGAAAUUUGCCAAAAUUGCUCAAAUCGCCAACAUGUAUCAAUUAGAAUACAGUAAUCUCCGUGAGAAUGAGGCUAAAAACUACACAAAUUACUGUUCACUACCCAAAGAUUUUCUCGAAAAUCAACCGAAUUACGAGCCAGUACCUGAACAGUUUGUGAAGAAAUUUCUGGAAUAUUCAGAGGAUCAUUUGAAGGAUUUGAACAAAACUGACCAAUUUUUUGGGACCAAAUAUUAUUUUUCGGAUGUUCUAAGACCGCUGUACAUGGAAGUUGGAUGUGCGAAAUCGGAAAAAUCCUGUGCGCUGAAAUUGAAAAACACGGCAUCGAAAAUUUUGGAUGGUCAAGGGAUUUCGGUUGAUUAUGUAUGCAUUUUUGGACCAUACAUGGAACCGGCGGACUUGGACCGGAUCCAUGGUCCACCUGGUAGCGCUUGUGUUUAUGGAAAAGCUGAAAAUGGAAUUCUUUGUAAAAAAGCGACGGUGCUGGAAGCGAUUGAUUAA